AGAGUGGAUGAUGUGCAUGGUCUCUAACUCCUGGAGAAUUCUUAGAAACUGGGAGUUGGGAGACCAAUUUUGAAACGUUUUUGUUUUUGUUUUUGUUGCUGUUAAUUUCCUGAGUAUGCUGAGGAGAGAUGUAUUGAUAGCCAGAAAAUAUGAGCACCAGUGACUAUGGUGGGAGAGACCACAUAUCUAGAGAAGAAUGGAAAUGGAUAGAUUUAAUCUUGAGCAAAUUGCUGAAGUUCUCUGAGUUUUUGUUUCCGCAUCUGUAGAGUGCGGGUGUUAGAUGAGCAGACAAAAUCCAGGCCCUUCCAGCAAUUGGAAUUUAUUGGUAAUCACUUCCUGACCAUCAUGAUACCUACUUCCACCCAAAUGAAAAUGUGUAUAGUGGAUAGUGCUCUACUUUGGUGAAGGCUAAUAUGUUAGACAUGGCAGAUAAUGCAUUUGAUGACGAAUACCAGAAAUGUACUGACAGGAUGGAAAUCAAAUAUGUCCCCCAACUGCUCAAGGAAGAAAAAGCAAGCCAUCAGCUUUUUGAGGAUGUGUGGGAAAAUGCAAAAGCCAAAUGGGAAGCUCGGAAGACUCAUCUCUCUCUCCCUAUGAGUUUUAAGGAUAACCAUGGAAUAGCCCUGAUGGCAUAUAUUUCUGAAGCUCAAGAACAAACUUCCUUUUUCCAUCUGUUCAAUGAAGCUGUGAAGAUGGCUGGCCAAUCUCGAAAAGAUUAUAUCUAUGGCUUCCAAUUCAAAGCUUUUCAUUUUUACCUGACCAAAGCCCUGCAAUUGCUGAGAAGACCUUGUGAGGAUAGCUAUAAAAAUGUGGUGUAUAGCACAAGCCAGGGUACUUCGUUUACCUUGGGAGGGCUAAACCGAGCCAGAUUUGGCCAUUUCACCUUGGCACAUUCAGCCAAACCUCAAGCAGCAAGUGAUCAACACAUUCUGUUAACCAUUCACACAUGCUUUGGAGUUGCCAUUGGAAAAUUUGUUGAUAAAGAAAAUGAAAGUGGAAGAAUUAUUAUUAUACCUCUGAAUGAGAUUUUUUAUGUGUCACAGGAUGGGGCUAGCAAUAAUCUUAUCCUUCGAAGCACAAACAAGACCUGCAGCCAUUACGAGUGUGCAUUUCUAGGAGGUCUAAAAAUGGCAAAUUGUGUUGAGAACAUAGAAUAUUUUCUACCCAUCUAUGUUGCCAGCCCUGGUGAUAAAAAACAGAAGCUUGAAGACCCUGGAAUGAAAAGCCAGGAGUCCACUGUCUUACCUGGUGUGAAGAACCAUGAACCCAUCCAAAUGCCUGGAAUAAAAAUGUCAGAACCUUUUCCAUUACCUGAAUAUAAAAGUCAAGAAGACAUCAACAAUCCUACUCCAGCUCCAGCUCCAGUUCCAGGUCCCAAAACCCAUCCCUCUGCAUCCUCUGGCAAAAUGCUCCUUCCAUCGUUUGGGGCAUUCAUCAUUUUAAUCAGUGCUUCUAUAUAUUUCUUUGUUAGUCUUUAGUCAGCUAUAUUCUUUAUUAUGUUAAGUACACUACAGGGAUCCCACAGGAAAUGAUCAAAAGGAAUGUUGUAUUUUUCACUUGUUGGCCAAAGUCAGUUGAUAAAAUGAGAACUGUAUAUGUUAUUCACUUUUCAAAUUCAGAAAGUUUGUCCAGUUAUGUUGUAGAAUCAUUUUCACUUAUUUGUAUAUUAAUCUAUUGCAAAAACCUUAUUUCUGGUUGAAUUCAAUAAAAGACUUAAGAUUAUUAGAUAUAAUUUCAGAAUUGCCAAUACUAAAAUAUCCAAUGUUACUGGUUAACAUGAAUUUAAUCCAUUAAUAAGAAUUUUUUCAGGGGGGUGGGGUGGAUUUUUUCUUAUUUUCAAUUAUAGUUUAUAUUCAAUAUUCUGUAUAUUCGUUUCAGGUGUACAGCAUAGUGGUUAGACAAUAGUAUACUUUAAAAAGUGGUCCCCUCCAUAUUCAAGUAUCCACCUGGCCCCUUACAUAAAAUCAGAUGGUGUGCCUU